CUCUGAUUCUCUCUUUCUCUAAAUUAUCAAAAAAACGCUACACAGUCGUCGUCAAGAACAAAGACGAUUCGAUUGAAUUCUCCAUAAGAGGUCCGACCCGAAUUCGAAAACCCGUAAGAACCGAAUCGAAGAUGAGCAAGGAUGGUUUGAGCAACGACCAAGUCUCAUCAAUGAAGGAAGCAUUCAUGCUAUUCGACACAGACGGCGACGGCAAAAUCGCACCGUCGGAGCUCGGAAUCUUAAUGCGGUCACUCGGCGGCAAUCCAACAGAAUCACAACUCAAAUCAAUCAUAACGACGGAGAAUCUCUCGUCUCCGUUCGAUUUCAAUCGAUUCCUAGAUCUAAUGGCGAAACAUCUGAAAACAGAGCCGUUCGAUCGCCAGCUUCGUGAUGCGUUCAAAGUGCUUGACAAGGAAGGUACUGGAUUCGUUGCUGUGGCAGAUCUGAGACAUAUACUUACGAGUAUCGGUGAGAAAUUGCAGCCGAGUGAGUUUGAUGAGUGGAUCAAAGAGGUUGAUGUUGGAUCUGAUGGUAAGAUCCGGUAUGAGGAUUUUAUUGCUAGAAUGGUUGCUAAGUAAGAUCUAAAUCUGUGAAAAUUUGAAUUCUUUAGAUUAGAACAAAUCUUAGGAUUUGUUCAGAAAGUGUUUAAUUGUUAAUGUAAUUGGGAAUUUGGUCAUAAUUAAGCUGUGUUAUUUGAAAAGAUGGUUCCUUUAUGAUAUUGAAUUCUGCAAAUGUUGUAUAUGUUCGUUUGGUGCUUGAACUUGGUUCUUUAUGUUCUGCAUCAAAUCGUUGCUCCUUUGAGGUUGGUUUCGAGUUUUCGUUCACGAUAUUAGCGUUUUGUUGGUUUCUUAGUUUGGUGGAACUUAGUAUGAUAGUUUUGUUGGUUAGGAACUUGGAAUCUUUGGAAUGGUAUAAGUGAUCUUGUGUUUGAUCGUGAGCUUUGUUUGUUCAAAUAUCUUUGGAAUGAAUGGUCUAGUUAUGUGUGUUGGGUGUUCGGGAAAAGAUUAUUUAUUCUGAUGUGCAGAUCAAUGAAACACAGUAAGUGUUUAUUUCUUUUUCUUCUGUGUUGUUCUUCUUAUUGGCACUGCUAAGGAACAAGUGUCUUGAUUCUCUGGACAUUAUGUUGCAAUGACUUUUGGUUAGAGUUCUUGUUGUGGUUGUUUUGUGGUUCGUGUCUAGCUCGCUU